GGCCGCAGCCGUCCGCGUUCGCGCGCUAGCCCCCCGUAUCGCAUUUGUUUCGCGCGCGUUCCGUCGCUCGCUCGUUCGUUCGUCUUCUUAUUCAAAAUUAUUAUUGCCACACCGCGUCACAUUCACCCCCUGCCCCCACCACGCAACAAAUACUAACCGCCACUACCCGCAGGAGACUACUACUCACUACUAUAAUACUCGCACCACUGUCUCCCAGUGUCCGGGCGAGAGGAAAAUAAUGCCGGGCCAACAACAAGAACGCAUCAGGCUGUCUUCGAUGGGCGGGGAAUCGACUUGCAGCAACAGCAGCAGCGGAGGCAGUGGCAGCGGCAGUACGACAAUGAAGAUUCGGAGACGAGUGGUGAUGAUGGGCGCAGCUAGGGUUGGCAAAACGUCCAUCAUUAAGCAGUUCCUGUACGAUCAGUUCCCCGACCGAUACAAGGAGACUAUCGAGGAAUUGCACAGAGGAGACUAUGAAUUACCCGAUGGAGCACGGUUGACAUUAGAUAUUUUGGACACAUCGGGAGCUUAUCAGUUUCCAGCUAUGCGAGAGUUAUCUAUAUCAACUGCUGAUGCAUUUCUUUUAGUUUUCUGUGUGGACAGAGAAGACACCUGGGAUCAAAUUAAACACUUUAAAGAACAAAUAAUUGAAAAAAGAGGACCAAAAAUUCCAAUAGUCAUUGUAGGCAAUAAGUGUGAACUGUCUGAACGGUUUUUACCAAUGGAAAUUACCGAAGCAAUAUCUAAAUACGAUUGGGAAUGUGGCUAUAUGGAAUGCUCAGCCAAAGAAAAUAGAAACAUAGUACAGGUGUUUAAGGAGCUCCUAGCUCAGGCAAAGGUUCAAUAUAAUUUGAGUCCGGCUGUAAGGCGCAGACGUAUGUCCCUUCCAAAUUACGUGGACAACCGUUCAGGAUCGACCAAAGGACGUUACAUGCUCAAAAGAAACUCCUGCACAGUGGCCUAAUACAGAAGACCUAGAUAAUAUAGAAAUAAAAAUAAUAAUAAUCUUAUUUUGAUUAUUUAAGCGCUGGUGUGAACAAGACAUAAGUAAAAUAAUUUAUUUUGUUCUUAUAAACGAUUUGCAUAAUAUCAAAUGAACACUCAAGAUCCAAAAAUGUUUUGAGGCGUGAUAUAAUGUUGCGUAGAAUCAGCUUUAAGAAAUUCUAGCUUUACAAUAUAAAUGAUUUUUAUACAAUGGUUAUAUGAUUGGUUAUAAUAGUUUAAUGCUAUUUUCAAAAACAACAUUAUAAUAAAUUGCGAUUUAUUAUAUUCAAACAACUUGAAAAUAAUAUUUUAUUUUUAUUUUUGCUUAAAAUGAACAAUACUAAACGUUAACAAUUUAUAACAUUUAUUAUUAAAAUAAUAUUAAUAUAACUAUUGAAAUAAAACGAAGUUUAUAAUAUUAUGAAACAAGUCAGUACAAUGCUAGUCUAUUCCAAGAAAUAGUAUUAUUAAACGCAUAAAAACAAUGCAUUUCAUUGGGGUGGGGAAACAAUUGGAAACUAUAAUACGUAUGAGACCGUGUUUAAAUCCUGAAAAUUUUUACAAUACAUGUAUACACAAUCUCAAAUAAAUAACGUAAAAUGGAAUGAACAAUUAUAUAGUAUAAAGGAAACUGUAUUAAGUAUUAACCAAUAUACUACACAUAAUAUUAACACUAAUAAUAUCGUAAGACAUAGUACUAUGCAUAAAUAUUCAAAAACUAAAUAAUGGGUCUAAUUAUUUUAAUAUUUAAAUCCGUGUUGUCGGACGAUUAUUCGUGGAUUAUUAUUAUUAUUUAUUACUAUCAAAUAUCGCUAUAUAUUUACAAUGUUUAACCAAUUGUGAUAUGAGUACCUACUUAAAAAUUAAUUUUUUUGUUUAGUUUUUAAUCGUGUCUUAUGGAUUUAUUUUAUGUUCGGUCUUUUAUUAAAUCCUAUUUAUUUUUUAAUCUGACUAUGAUAGCUAUAUAUUGUGUAAAUAAUUUGAUAUUAAUAUGCAUAUUGAAACAAAGGCCUAAUAAAUAUUUACAUAAUAUUAUAACAAAAUAAAUUAAAUGGUUAUAAAAUAGAUUUUAUUUAACUUCGAUGUUACAUCAGUUAGUAUUAUUAUUAAUGAAUUAAUAAUAAUAUCUUUAAACUUACUUAGUUACCUAUAUAUAACCAGACUCCUAGUCGAUUAUCAACCAUUUUUAUUUAUCAGUAGUACUAGGAGCUUAUACACAUUGGUAAUUUUUUUUUUAAGUCUAUUAAUACAUUUGGCCAGAAAUGACUAGACCCGAUAACUUAUGGUAAUUAAAAUACUUAAAUACUUAAUAUAAUAUGUUCUUAUGCGUUUUCAAGCUACAAAAAAAAAAUAUAUUUAACAUAAUCAUUUGAAAUAAAAUAAUCAAAACAAUUGAUAAUUUAUAUUAUUUAAGUGAAAGAAACAAUAAAAGAAAAAAAUUAUUUUUUGAUAAAGUUAAUAAAAAAAAGGACUUGAUUUAUUUAUUCCUUAGUCAUCUACAUCGUAAUAUACACACUUGAAAAACAUACUUUGCGGGUAUGUUACUCGAUGGGUAAUCUCCUGAGUCCUGACAAAAUAUGACAAGUAAUUAAAGUUUAUUUCCUACAUAUGUUGCGUGUAAUAUACCUAUGGGGCACAGCCAUGGUGUUAACAGUAGUUUUAUCAUUUAGAAUCGGAUACGACACGCAAUAGUACAAUAAUUAUUAUCUUUAAUCUUUAUACUGAACAUUUUCUGUAUGUGUUUUUAUUUGUCCAAACACUCCAAACUCUUUCGAAAUCGAAAAAUAUUAUUUUAAUUGUUUUAAUAAACAACCUACUCAGGUAUGCUUUCAUAUGAAAUAAUGACAAAAUAUGCAAAAAAUAUUUGAAAUUCAAUUUUAACAAUAGCUUCUUAAAGUUAUGAUACAUAUUUAUGUAUCUAUAUUAUUUUGUGACUUUUCAUCUAGACAAGUCUUGCAAAAUAUUCAUUCUCCACCAUUAGCAAUGACUUUGAAUCAUCUUUAUUUUGAUAUAAAUGUUAUAUUUUUAUUUUUCAUAUUAUUUUCUUAGUAUGAUGCUAAAUAUCUAAAUGCAUGUUAUUAUCACAUAGCAAACUAUAAGUAUAAUCGAAAAAAAUGUAUGAGUAUACUUAAACAAGAAGUAAAGCAGUAGCUAGAUGACUUGUAAUAUUAGGUACGCUAGUAAUUUCAAAGCUAUAAUAUCAGUGAUUCUGUCUUUGACAAAAAAAUUUAAAAUCUAUUAAAAUUCUGCAGGUUUAUAUGUGAUUGUCAAACAAAACUAUUUAGUUUCGAUAAGAAGUAUAAAAAGUUAAAAAAAAAUUGAUCUAGGUAGUACAAAAUUAAAAGAUGAUUUACUAUCACUUAAUGCUAUUUUGGAUAUGAUUGGUAAUAAAUGUAACUUCGUUACAUACUUGUCUUGCUUAUUUUAGCACAUUUUAAUAAAAUUGAGUAGGUUUACUUAGUACUUAAAUACUCAAUUACUUAAUUUUUUAUUUAGAUCAUCGCCCUAUGUAUCAUCUAUCAGUAAUAACCAUUUUACAUACUCUUCAUUAGACGUUGACACUAUUAUAGGGUUAGAUUGUAGUUAAACCUUAAACAUUCUAAACUAAUAUUUAAAUACACAUUUGACCAAAAUGUCCAAAAUUAUUAUUUUAAAGCUCCAUUGAAAAUCCGAAAUACAUUUUUAUUUAAUAUAAUAAGUUUAUAAAUGUAUAUACUUUUUAGAUUAAGUAGAUUGAAUAUUUGUAUAUACAUGAAUAUAUAUUUAUAUUAUAUACGAACAUACCAAAGGGCAAUGAGUGUAGAUUAAAAAUUUUAAGUAUAAAAAAAUAUUAAGUAAUAAUGAUAUUUUAGGUACAAAAUUAAGUAUAAUACGUGUAAGUCUCAUUAUAAUAAUAUAUUAAUUUGUUUGAUACCUGUUAUAAUUAUUAUUCAAUUUAUAUUAAUAAAAUGUAUUCCUUUUAUAGUAACAUUUUUUAAAUAUAUUUAUACAUUUUCCAAUUUAACUUUUAUGUGUCUCCGCCAGACAAUAUUUUAUACGAAUAAUUUUGAACAUUUGUUCUAACUGAUAAAAUCACCAUAAGUUUUAUAUACAUUCCUAUAUGACCAUAUUAUAUACAUUGUUAAAUAGUUACCUAUAUAUUAUAUUAUUUAAGAUAAGUGUAAUAUUAUUAUAUUUUAAGAAAAUAUAGAUAUAUUAAGAAAUAAGAAUAUUUUGAUAUUAUGUGUGAAUUGUUUGAACUUUAAAAUGUUGACUAUAACAAUUGCGUCGCUCGAUGUAUAAAUGCGAUUUAAUUAAUUUUUUUACGAUUGAAUUAAGACUAAAUUUAAAAUAAAAUAUUUUAUUUUAUGUUAAAGAAAAUAAUAUGAACUCCGAAUAGUUACAAUGACUAUAAUCAGUAGUCAUGCCAACUUUUUACAUGUUAUUUAAACAAUUAAAUACCAAAACAAUUUUACAAAUAAAUAAUUACAAAUAUUAUAUUAAUCGUAAUUCAUAAUCAUAAAUUUUGUUAUAAUUAAAAAUGUUAUAUAGGGAGAAAUUUUACUGGUUAAAGGAAAAAGGGUUUUGACAUGGUGUAUGGGUUGACUAACUUGACCAAAAUGACCAACAUGUCAACUGUUUAAGCUUUUGAAACCACAAGUGUUAGCGUUCUUCUGACCAUUUAAUAAUGAAAUAUUUUCUUUUUCAAGGCUAUAGCGAUAUAUUUUACUUACUAAUGAAAGUUUUGAAAUUUAUACCAUAAAAUUUAAAAAAAUAGUAAAAUUUCCCCUUUUGCUUUUUAGUUUUUACCAAUAAAAUUAUCAUAUUAUAUAGUAUUAGGAACUAACAAAAUUAUAUAAAAUGUCUAUAUAAUAUUAUUAUAUUAUUAUUAUAUUUAACUGCAAUAUCUUGUAAAUUGAUGAUAUUUUAUAAAUCUACAAUGUUAAUUACUAAUUUUUGUUACGAUAAGACAUUUUGUUUUUAGUAUUUUUUUAGAGACCUAUGAUUUUUAUGAUAUUGAUUUACUAUCUAUAACCUACCUAUAUCUAGUAUAUUAUACUUAAACUUUAAUAAAAAUUAGUUUUAGUUUACCAACAUAAAAUAAUAUUAUUGUUACCAAAAUAUUGUGAACAAUGUGAACAAUUUGUCAACUAAAUAAUAGUAUAACUAUUUUAU